CCAACAAAUCGUCCUGAAUUCACUCCGAUAUCCCGAGCCCAAGCAGAGGACAUGAACUCCGGCGGUCAACACAGCAUUUCUGGACUCGCAAUAUCCGUUACGGAACCUAUCCGCUCGUUUCUUCUCUCCGCCUCCAAGGACCCGCACCUGUCUCAAGAACUUCGAGGAGUCGCUUCGAAUCUCUCUUCACAACCUCAUGUACUGUACAAGCAGAUUCGAAAUAUAUGGAUUAGUACGAGUGCCGAGAGUCGUCCCGACUUGCUUCAGCUGUUCUCCGCCUCCGAUUUCGUUUUCUCCAGACCUAAGCCUAGAGAGAAGAGUGAAGAAUUGAAGGCAAGAUUAAGGAAGCUUGCAGAAUUAGCAGAGAGGAAGGAAUACCAGGAGCUUGUUAAGGAUAUCGCGCCAAAGAAGGAUAUUAAUGAACCUUUCUCUUCAUACAAGGAUCAGCUUGGUUUUGGUUUGCAUGUCGUGCUGAUAAUGUUUACUGGUUAUUUGGUUGGAUAUGCGGCAUUUAGAGCAUUAUUUAACCAUAGUCCUGUGAUGAAUGCUGCUGGAGGUAUCCUGGGAUUGGUUUUUGGCAUGCUCCUCGAAACACUUCUGUUCAUUAUUAGAACUUCUGAUCAUGGUCACCAAUCACCAUCUCCGACUUCCAGGGUGAAAAAGAAUCAAUAAGCUAGUUACUAAGUGGUGCACCUUCAUUUCUUUUCUGAACUUUCUAAUUUCUGUUGUACAUAUCAACUAACCAUGUUGUUGAACUUGUCUACUGGGUACACAAGCAUGUAAUCAGGGGACGAGCUAUUGAUAUUUUGUCACUACUGUCCCAGAUAUUCUUUUAAGAAGACUUGGUUGAGGUAUGGAUGAAAUCUGAAAAUAGUGAAAAUGAAUUUCCUUUUGAAAC